AUGGAGACUAUGGAAACCAUCGGUAGCUCCGCACUCAAAAUUAUUUGUGCCCUCUCGUUUCAUGAGUACCUUAAUAGUGCUAUUAUUGUUGCUUCUGUUAUCAGUGUUGUUAGAUGUUUCACUUGGAAUGGUUGUAGCAACGGUGAUGGCGAUGGGUGUGGGAUAGAGAUUCUCAUUUUGUUUGAUCAUUCAUUUCCUUUUUUCUUCGCAUGUUUAUUUAAAAAUAAUCUCUCUAUACCGACAUGCACAGUAAUUAAUUUCUAUUAUAAAAUAAGAAAAAGAAAUAUAUUCUCCGGCUGGCGUCCUUCGUCCAUUUCUUCAUCUUCUUCUCACAGCGUCUUCCUCAUCGGAGUGUCCGGAGGUACUGCAUCGGGGAAAACCACUGUGUGUGACAUGAUUAUUCAACAACUGCAAGAUCAUAGAGUUGUUCUAGUUAAUCAGGAUUCGUUUUAUCGUGGUUUAACUAAAGAUGAGUUGAAACGCGAUCAUGAGUAUAAUUUUGAUCAUCCUGAUGCAUUUGAUACCGAGCAACUUGUAGAAACACUCAUCAAACUUAAAUCUGGGCAGUCUGUUCAGGUUCCUGUUUAUGAUUUUAAGCUUCACCAGAGAGCUUCUGAUAGAUACCAACAGGUCAAUGCAUCUGAAGUAGUUAUUUUGGAGGGUAUAUUGGUUUUUCACGAACAACGUGUCCGCGACUUGAUGAAUAUGAAGAUAUUUGUUGAUGCAGAUCCUGAUGUAAGGCUUUCCCGGAGAAUAAGACGAGAUACGGUUGAGAGGGGUAGAGAUGUGCACUCUGUACUGGAACAGUAUGCUAAAUUUGUUAAGCCUGCCUUCGAUGAUUUUAUUCUUCCAUCCAAAAAGUAUGCUGACAUAAUCAUACCUCGUGGGGGAGAUAAUCGUGUAGCAAUUGACUCGAUCGUUCAACAUAUCCGCACUAAGCUUGGCCAACAUAACCUAUGUAAGAUAUAUCCAAAUUUGCAUGUGAUACAGUCUACUUUCCAUGUGAUUUUCGUAUUUGACAUUUCCUCCUACAAAACUCUGUUUUAUAAUUUUGCUCCAAGGAGAAUUUAUUGAAGGUUAUGAAAACACUUAGAUGGGGGGUUUGGAAUAAGUGAUUUCUUUUUCGUUCACAAUAAAAAAUGACACAUUAUUUUUAUUCUGGUUCGUUAUAACUCAACUACUCCAGUACUCCAGUCCACUCGCCAAGGUGAUUUUGCCUCUCUCAAUCGAGGACUUAAUCCACUAUAAUUAAAACUGAUUACAACUGCACAACCAACUGUCGUGACUAACAACCUUGCACAAACCAUCUGCUUGUGACUAACAACCUUGCACAAACCGACUGCUUGUGACUAACAACCUCUAAGACUAAACUAGUCCCAGACCUCUUGAGAAAUUUGACCCAACUGGUCUCUCAAGGAACUGUUACAAGUUAACAAUAGUGCUUAAGAUUUGCUUCUAGAAAGCUUUAAUCACAACUGUGAUAUUUCACUGAGUGUUUAGUACAGAAACUAUGAACUCAGAAUAAAGAUAAAGUUCUUCGGCGUAAGAGUUCUUCGUUUGAAUUUGAGCAGCUGUUCUUGCUUUGUAUAUCAGCUCUUUUUGUGUUAUGUUGUAUGUUCGUGUAUAUGUAUGUCUAUUUUUGUUGUUGUUCAAAUGAUCUUCUAUUUAUAGUGUUUAGAAGAUUUCGUCCGAUGCUGUAUAAUAGGCUAUCUUAGCCUUUCAUGUUUGCAUGUUAUCUUGGAUAAACUUGCUUUCCACGCUUCUUGAGACUUGUAACUAAAUCUGCUUUUAGCCGUUAAUAAUCAUCAUGUCUCCAACAGUAAUCUUUCUUCUGUCAGAGUAUUUUAUCUUUGUAUUUCUUCAAGAAAACUUCUUUCAGACUUUGUAAAGAUAACAUCUAUCAGAAUUAUGCUUCAGCGGUUGGUGCUUAACGAAGCUUCUUCAUUAGAACUUCUUCACGCUUCAGUGUGACUGUCUUUCAGCAUUUGUAUGUAGUCCAAGUUCUGAUGGUACUAGUUUUGUUUGAUCUUCAGCGUACGAUUAGAACUUCUUCUGAAAUAAGAGAUACAUAAUUAGAGUAUCAUAUUUACUUAUACAAAAUUUAUUUAAUUGUUAUCAUCAAAACACUAAGAUAAGACUAGAACCAAACUAUGUUCUAACAAUCCGCCCUCUUUUUGAUGAUGACAAAACAUUUACAUUCUGAUCAGAAAUUUUGUAUAUAAAAGAAACAAUCUCCCCCCUGAAAUAAAUACUUAGAGAGAAAUGUGAAAGAUAACUUCUCUGAGUAAUUUUUUUUUCAGCUUGUUUCUUUAGAAGAUUGAUGGAUAUGGCUUUUCAUAAGCGCAUUCUUUAGAAGUUCUAAAGUAUAUUCCUUUCUUUCAGAUAUUGUAUAGAGCACUUGCUUUAGAAG